AAGGCACUGUUCACACUUGGGUGACUUAUCUUGAUGAAGCACCAACCAUAUAUAUAUAUAGUAUAGAUUGGUCAGGUCUUUGUUAAAAAACAAUUUAAUUCCUUACUUCUUCUUCAUAAUUUGAUUUUUUAUACAGCCGUCGUUUCAGAUUUCUUCUUGGAGAGAGAGAGAUACACACAAGAUAGAAAGAGUUUUGGAUCUAACGAUGGAGGUCGCGUUCCCAUCUUCUCCGCCGGCGAAAUGCAUCGGUGAUGAAAGAUUAUCAGAGAUCUCCAUGGAUUUCACCAAAUUAGGAUUCUCAUCACAAGAACAAGAAAUCAAGAAAUUGGAGAGAUCAUGGAGUCAGCUUGAAGAAUCCGUCGAGUUUAACGACGUUGACGAAGACGACGACGAUGAUGAUGAUGAUGAAGAAGAGGAAGAGUUCUCGUUUGCUUGUGUAAACGCGGAAGGAUCUCCGAUAACGGCAGACGAAGCUUUUGAAGAUGGUCAGAUCCGUCCUGUGUUUCCUCUGUUUAACCGCGAGCUCCUCUUCGAUUACGAAAACGCCGAUCAAAACGACGGCGUUUCUUCCACCGCCGACGAGAACAGACCGCGUCUCAGAAAACUAUUCGUCGAGGAUCGUAACGGAGACGGCGAUGAGACGGAGAAAGAUACGUUGGGACCGUAUUGUUCUUGGUCUGGUGGAACGGUUGCGGAAGCGUCGCCGGAGACUUGCCGGAAAAGUAACUCGACGGGGUUCUCUAAGCUAUGGAGAUUUAGAGAUCUUGUUUUGAGAAGUAACAGCGAUGGAAGAGACGCGUUUGUUUUCUUGAAUAACAACAACAGCGUCGGUGAGAACAAGACUCGGACUCAGUCAUCGUCUACGGCGGCGGAGAAGAGUAAAGGGAAGGAGAAAACGUCGUCGGAGGAGAAGAAGAAGAAGAAGAAGGCGGUGACGAAGUCGGCGCAUGAGAAGCUGUACAUGAGAAACAGAGCGAUGAAGGAAGAAGUGAAACACAGAUCAUAUCUUCCGUACAAACAAGUUGGUUUCUUCACUAAUGUGAAUGGUCUUAGCAGAAAUAUUCAUCCUUUCUGAUGACUUUCUUAAAUUACUUGUGUCUUAACCAAAAACCAAAAAAAAAACUAAGAGCAUACACAUAGGCGUGUUUACGCUUCGUCCCACGUCUCAAAUACACAAUAUUUGUUUUAAAAGUAAAUGAGAAAUACAAUGAUAGUGUAGUAACGUUUCUUAAAACGGGACAACUAUCACUCGUCCUUCAAA